GGAACGCUAUAGUGACAAUUCUACAGGUCACGUGUCCUGAGAUUUGUACAUUCUGUUUCAUCUGCUGGAACGUUGCGAUCGGCUCAGUUUCAUUCAGGCAUCACCCUUUUGUGCUCAUGCUCUCUUGUGUGAUAUGGCAGCUGCAGAUUUGCAAUCUUUAACUGAGAAAUUUCAAAACUUGUCAGAAGAUGAUUUUAAGGAAGAAGAUACUAAUGUAUUCUUGGUCACUUGUCAGAAGUGCUUAGAGGAGGAAGAGGUGGCACUUUUACUUGAAAUAAUCCGUGAUGAGAAAAACCAGGCAAUUAUCAAGCACAUGGGCUGGAAUCUUAUUGGACCUAUUACAAAAUGCAUUCUGAGAUCCAGCAACAAUGGUAACAAUAAAAUCUGCUUGGAGAUGAUUCAUCAUUUAUGUACGCUGUGUAACCCAAAGGAGAUUUUAUUAGGUUUACUUGAACAGAUAGAUGAAGCCACAGGUGAACAAAUAUCUCAGGUGGUUCUGCUUCUGCUUCAGCCUUUGCAAGCAGUGCUGCUUAAACUUGGCAAAAGGAAAGCCUAUUCAGUAGGACUGUCACUCUCCACAAUCCAGUCUCGGAUAUCUUGUUUGCCUGUACCCUUCACCAAAGAACAAAUCCAGGAGGACAAGCAUGGUCUCUGCCAGUGCUGCUGUGCCAUAGUCCAGUUUAUUAAACCUUUUGUUGAUGUUGUAGCUCAGAGCAAAGCCUUACAGACAGAACCUGAAACUGCAGAAUUAAAGAAAGAAUUGCUGGCAUUUUGUUUUAGUUGCUUGAAGUACCCAUUGCUAAGUGCACAGUUAAAUCUGUUUCCUGAAGACUCUGAUGAUCAUCCUUUUCGUUGUUUUGCUAGAGAAAUUUUGGGAACAUUAGUUUCGCUGGGGGAACCACUGGCUGUGGCAUUUUUACAGCAUGGCAAGACAACCCCAAAUUUAGAAAUUGAAGAUGUUCGGCCGGAAGAAGGAAAUUGCACUGCAGAAUCUUUUGCAUGUCUGUCUUAUCUCAUCUUUGUGCAGCAUAUUGGAUUGAAUGACUUCCCCUUUGUAUUUGGACCAACAUUUCUUGUAAAGACCAAUAUGCAGCAUGUUGAUGUUCUGCUGAAAAGAACAGAGGAAUCCAUAUUGUCAAAAGGGCUUGAGUUGUUGGAGAACAGUCUGUUAAGAGUAGAACAUGAAAGUCUUCAUCAAGAUUUCUUGGAGAUAAGGGCAGUUCUUCAUGUGGUACAGGACUUGGUGAAAGUUAUGACCCUUUGUCCUAUUGAACAUCCAAGAAAAAGGAGUCUGGCACUUUUACAGUUGCUGAUUGACAAAUUUGGAGAAGAAGGAAAGUAUAAGUUAUUCAGAUGUUUAUUUAAAUCAAGCAGCCAUGCCGGUGUGCAGGGUUACAUCAUUCAGAAUAUAAAGAAUCAGAUAGAUAUUGCACUUAAGACGAACUCCAACAGCAAAUGCUUUUUAGGGCCUCGAUUGACUCCACUUCUUCACAUGGUUCUCUCACUUCCUGAAGGAGCAGAAACUGAUCUUCUUCAGUUUUCAGAUAGGAUAAUGGCUUCACUAAAUCUUCUGAGAUAUUUAAUUAUCAGGCAAGAUGAUGAAACUGAUAAUAAAACUGGUGUUUGGACUGAACUUAGCAGAAUUGAAAAUGAUUAUUUAAAGCCGCUUCAUUUAGGACUAAAUAUGUCCAAAGCCCAUUAUGAAGCAGAAGUAAAGAGCACAAUCGAGAAAAAGAAAGGAUCUCAUGCAAAGAAGGCAAUUUGUUCUGUAACAGUUGGGGAAAAUAAACUUCCUGACAUGACUCCAGAAAUGCAGCUUCAGGUUCUUCAGUCGGCUCUUUUCACAUUUGAUUUAAUGGAAAGUGUUCUCGCCAGAGUAGAAGAACUCAUUGAAGUGAAACUAAAAUCUGCAUCAGAGGAGAAAAUUGGGUCAUGUUAAGAUGUUUCAAUAGUUUUUUAUGUACCUUUGCCUUUGGCCUAGGCAUUAAAUUAUUUAAUGUAGAAUAUAUCCUGUUAUUCACAAAAACACAGGGCAUCAUAUUUAUUUUACAUAAGUGUUUUCUUUUUUUUCUUAUUAGUGGUACAGUUUUCCAGUAUUAUUUUCCCAUAUAACAUUGUUACUUAGGAGCAUGAAAACUAAGCCUUAAUAAACAUCACAUCCGAAUCUAUAUAUCAGCGUCUUACCUGGAGUCUUAAAAGACAUGUUGACCCAAAAAAGAUUUUUUUGUAAUAUACAUUCAUUACAAUGUUGUAAAGGUUUUUAAGUUAUUUUAUAUGUUAAAAGCAGAGUUUGUCCUUUUCUAUUUUCUGCCCUGGUGGCUCUGGUAUUUGAAACAAUGUAACACAAGGCAGCAGACUGAAAGACCUGACUUGCUGGAGGAGACUGACUUUUGCAACAUUGUUUAAGAAGUCAUAAACAGGAGUUAAGCAAAUUCCGCUUUCAAUAGCAAUUACAUUUACAAAUAACUUUUAAAGCAGUAGAACUUUGUAAUAAAUUUAUAUUGGAAAGUUGCUUAGAAUUGUUUUCUUUUAUUAAGCAAACAAUAUUUUUGGGGUUGACGUCCUUUAAACACAUGCACUGACAGAUUUUGGGUACCUUCAGCUGCCCACUGGCCUCUGUACCAGGACCAAGUCUUUUCCUAUUAGCCUGAUAUGCUUGGCUUUUGCAGAUAUAGAUAGGGCUGAGCAGAAAAUGUCAUUUGCAAAAAACCAAUUCAGAUUAUGUAUGUGGACAGCAGCAUUUCUCAGGCCUCAGUGGUUAACUGGUAAGAAGUGCAGCUUGAACUCUACAAACCUGUCUUUCAAUAAAAUCUAUAUGCUGUUACUUUUUAA